UACAUGCUUCUAGCCGGCGCGGCGAUCAUGCUGCAACCUCUCAGGCGGUGGAGGCUUCAGCUCCAGUUGUUUCUCCGCCGUCUCCCAUGAUUGAGGUUCCUCUGGUUGAUUAUCCGCCGUCUCCCACGGUUGAGAUACCUACAGUUGAUUCUCCGCCGUCUCCCACGGUUGAGUUACCUCGCGAGGAGUCAUCAGGCGAGGAGUCCUCAGGCGAGGAGUCCUCAGGCGAGGAGUCUUCUGGCGAGGAGUCAUCCGGCGAGGCCUCAUCCGGCAUGGGAGGAUCUAACGAGGAUAGUAUUCCUCCGCCUACUGUUGAUGCUGAUGUCCUAACGCCAGAGCAGGGGGAGCAGGGGGCACAGGGUGGCGAGGAGGACCUGAUCCAGAGGUUGCCGCCGUUUCCGGGGGGGCCUAUUGAGCUGUCGCUCCUCACCCAUUAUGCUGAUCACAAGGCUCCCUGGGCGUGGCAUGCACUCCUACGCACAGACGAGCGGUAUGUGGACCGUCGACAGUUGAAGGUGGCCACAGCUGGGGGGAAGGUUUGGAACCUUGCUUGUGAUGGUGAUUCAGACAGUCACAGGCGGGUUCGAGAGUUGAUUGAGCAGACGGGUCUUCAUCAGCUACCCUAUUGCAGCUACCCGGUGACAGAUGCAGGCCUUAUUUUGGCCCUUGUGGAGCGAUGGCAUGAGGAGACUAGUAGCUUCCACAUGCCGUUCGGGGAGAUGACUAUCACCUUGGACGACGUGUCGGCUCUUCUCCAUCUCCCCAUGGGGUCGAGGUUCUAUACGCCUGGGAGGGGGGAGAGGGACGAGUGUGCAGCGCUCUGUGCUCAGUUGAUGGGAGGAUCUGUUGGUAUUUAUGAGGCUGAGUUUGAUACGAAUAAGUCCCAGACUAUUCGCUUUGGGGUCUUGCAGACCCUGUAUGAGGCUGCGUUGGCGGAGCACCGAGAUGAGGACGCUGCGCGGAUUUGGCUGGUGAACUAGCUAGGCGCCACGCUCUUUGCUAGCAAGAGCGGAGGCUACCAUAUGACCGUCUACUGGAUAGGGAUGUUGGAGGAUCUUGGUCGAGUGUGCGAGUACGCGUGGGGCGCGAUUGCGCUCGCUACGCUAUACGACCAGCUUAGUCGAGCGUCCAGGAGGGGGACGACCCAGAUGGGAGGUUUUAGCUCGCUCCUGCUAGGAUGGGUCUACGAGUACCUUUCUGACCGCGUCAUUAUCCGUAGGGCGGAUCCGGAGUACUCGCAGGACCAGCCUAGGGCGCGGCGGUGAGCUAUGUCCCGGGUCGGGCAUGCAGGCCUUGAUGAGAGGCGAGUCAUGCUCGAUGAGCUGACGGUGGAUGACAUUAUAUGGACCCCAUUUGAGGACCAUCGGGCUCAUCGACCACGGGAUCCGAGGGCCAUGUAUUCUGGCUACAUCCGGUCGCCAUUUGGCCGUGUUGUUCGACGGCAUCUACCAGAGAGGGUUCUGCGCCAGUUUGGCUACAUACAGGAUGUCCCUGUUAAGUUCAA